GUGAGAGCCACAGGACUCAUUCUGUCCUCCAGCACACCCACACACACUCUGAGAGCCAGAGAGAGAGAGAGAGAUAGAGAGGUGUAGCAAGGAGAGAGAGAGAGAGAGAGAGAGAGGUGUUGCGAAUAGAGAAAGAUAGCACGGAAAGAGAGAGAGAGAGAGAUUUUUGUGCAAAGGACUAAAAGAGAAAGAGAGUUAGAGGACAGGUUUUCUGGCUUCUCUCUCAGAGCUGCAGAACCGGGAGAAGAGAAAACAGAAAGAUGGCAGAAGGAGGAGAAGGAGAGGAGGAGAUUCAGUUCCUCCGCACGGAUGACCAGGUGGUGCUGCAGUGCACUGCCACUGUCCUGAAGGAGCAGAUCAAACUGUGUCUGGCCUGUGAGGGCUUCGGCAAUCGACUAUGUUACCUGGAGACCACUUCCAAUGCCCAGAACUGUCCACCAGAUCUGGCUAUCUGUGCCUUCGUCCUCGAACAGUCCCUGUCAGUACGCGCCCUGCAGGAGAUGCUGGCUAACACCGUGGACAUGAGUGAGGCAGUGGAUUUGGACAAAUGGUCUUCCCAAGGAGGAGGCCACCGCACCCUGCUGUACGGCCAUGCUAUCCUGCUCAGACACUACCACUCUAGCAUGUAUCUGAGCUGCCUGACAACGUCUCGGUCGCUAACAGACAAGCUGUCCUUCGAUGUUGGCCUGCAAGAAGACUGCGUAGGCGAGGCGUGUUGGUGGACGAUUCACCCAGCGUCCAAACAGAGGUCAGAGGGAGAGAAAGUCAGGGUGGGAGAUGACCUUAUCCUGGUCAGCGUCUCCUCAGAGAGAUACCUUCAUCUGUCCUAUGCCAGUGGUGAUCUGAUGGUGGAUGCGUCCUUCAUGCAGACUCUAUGGAACAUGAACCCUGUGUGUUCUGGCUGCGAGCUGGCUGAGGGCUUCCUGGCUGGUGGUCAAGUCCUCAGACUGUUCCACGGUCACAUGGAUGAGUGUCUGGCCAUCUCUAUGCCUGAUGACGGGGACGACAAACGCAGCACCGCCCACUAUGAAGGAGGAGCCGUGUGUAGCCAGGCCCGUUCGUUAUGGAGACUGGAGCCUCUGAGAAUCAGCUGGAGCGGCAGCCACAUGAAGUGUGGCCAGUCGUUCCGUGUGCGCCACAUCACCACGGGCCGCUACCUCUGUCUGGACGAGGAGAAGGGCCUAAUGGUCCUCGACCCUGAGAGGGCCAACACCAAACUGUCUGCCUUUAGCUUCCGCGUGUCAAAGGAGAAGGUGGAACAGGUCCGUAAGCGAGACGUGGAGGGAAUGGGCAUCCCAGAGAUCAAGUAUGGAGAGUCCAUGUGUUUUGUCCAGCACGUGUCCACUAGCCUGUGGCUUACCUACGCCUCCCUGGACGCUAAGGCUGCUCGCCUGGGGACCAUGAAGAGGAAGGCCAUUCUGCACCAGGAGGGUCACAUGGACGAUGCCCUGUCUGUGGCCCGGUCCCAGACAGAGGAGUCUCAGGCGGCUAGGAUGAUCUUUAGCACCACAGGACUCUUCAGGCAGUUCAUCAAGGGUCUGGACUCCCUGCAGGGGAAGAAUAAGUCCCCUGCCCCCUUGUCUCUACCCCUGGACGGGGUCGUCCUCUCCCUGCAGGACCUCAUCUUCUACUUCCGUCCCCCCGAAGACGAGCUGGAACACGAGGAGAAACAGACAAAGCUGCGCUCCCUCCGAAACCGACAGAACCUCUUCCAAGAGGAGGGUAUGAUCACCAUCGUGCUAGAGUGUAUCGACCGUCUGAACGUUUAUAACACUGCUGCUCACUUCUCUGAGUUCGCUGGAGAGGAGGCCGCUGAGUCCUGGAAGGAGAUUGUCAACUUGCUCUAUGAGCUGCUGGCCUCUCUGAUCAGGGGGAACCGCUCUAACUGCGCGCUGUUCUGUGAUAACCUGGACUGGCUGGUCAGCAAACUGGACCGGCUGGAGGCAUCUUCAGGUAUCUUGGAGGUGCUGCACUGUGUCCUGAUUGAGAGUCCAGAGGUUCUGAACAUCAUUCAGGAGAACCACAUCAAAUCCAUCAUCUCUUUGCUGGACAAACAUGGCAGAAACCACAAGGUGUUGGACGUCCUCCGGUCUCUUUGUGUGUGUAACGGUGUCGCUGUAAGGUCCAAUCAGAACCUCAUCACAGAGAAUCUAUUUCCAGGUCGCGAUCUCCUAUUGCAGACUAACAUCGUCAACUACGUAACCAGUGUGAGGCCCAACAUCUUCCUUGGAACCUGCGAAGGCUCUACUCAGUAUAAGAAGUGGUACUUUGAGAUGAUGGUAGACUACGUUGAGCCUUUCGUGACAGCCACACCCUCUCACCUGCGUGUGGGCUGGGCCCUGACAGAGGGGUAUUCCCCUUAUCCUGGGGGCGGAGAGGGCUGGGGGGGAAACGGGGUAGGGGAUGACCUCUACUCAUACGGCUUCGACGGACUGAACCUGUGGUCGGGUCACGUCCCCCGCCAGGUGGCAUCGCCCAAUCAGCAUGCCCUAGCAGCUGAUGAUGUUGUGUCGUGCUGUCUGGAUCUGAGCGUGCCCAGUAUCUCGUUCCGGGUCAACGGUCACCCAGUCCAGGGCAUGUUCGAGAACUUCAACAUAGAUGGACUGUUCUUCCCCGUUAUCAGCUUCUCUGCUGGAGUCAAAGCUCGUUUACUGUUGGGUGGUCGCCAUGGAGACUUUAAGUUCCUGCCCCCCCCGGGCUAUGCCCCGUGCUACGAGGCUCUGCUACCCAAGGACAGGAUGAGGAUCGAACCCAUCAAGGAGUACAAACACGACUUUGACGGAGUCCGAAACUUGCUGGGGCCAACCCAGUCCCUCACACACACCUCCUUUACCCCUAAUCCCGUAGACACUGCUCAGAUCGUGUUGCCGCCCCAUCUGGAGAAGAUCAGGGAGAAGCUGGCGGAGAACAUCCACUCGCUGUGGGCCAUCAUGCGCAUCGAGCAGGGCUGGACUUAUGGAAUAUUCAGAGACGACAACAAGAAGCUGCAUCCCUGUCUGGUAGACUUCCAGACCCUUCCUGAACCCGAGAGGAACUACAAUCUGCAGAUGUCUGGGGAAACACUUAAGACCCUGCUGGCCCUGGGCUGCCAUGUGGGCAUGGGGGAUGAGAAGGCAGAGGAGAACCUGAAGAUCAUCAAAAUGCCAAAGACCUAUAUAAUGAGCAAUGGAUUUAAGCCCGCCCCCCUGGACCUGAGCCACGUCAAGCUGACGCCCAAUCAGAACCAGCUGGUGGAGAAGCUGGCAGAGAACGGUCACAAUGUGUGGGCACGGGACCGAGUGCGCCAGGGAUGGACGUACAGCAUUGUGCAGGACAUCAUGAACAAGCGUAACCCACGUCUGGUUCCUUAUAACCUGCUGGAUGAGAGAACCAAGAAGACCAAUCGAGACAGCGUCAACAACGCUGUACGCACUCUCAUUGGCUACGGAUACAACAUCGAGCCUCCAGACCAGGAGAGCACUGGCCUUGGCCUGGAUGACGUGCGUGGGGAUAAGGUGCGUAUCUUCCGUGCUGAGAAGUCCUACGCGGUCACGUCUGGGAAGUGGUACUUUGAAUUUGAGGCGGUGACGACCGAAGAGAUGAGAGUGGGCUGGGCCCGACCGAACGUCAGGGCUGACAAUGAGCUGGGAGCAGACGAGCUGGCCUGGGUCUUCAACGGAAAAACGGCCCAGCGCUGGCACGUGGGUAACGACCCGUUUGGUCGCCAGUGGCAGUCAGGUGACGUGGUGGGGUGUAUGAUCGACCUGACCGAACAGAACAUCAUGUUCACCCUGAACGGAGAGAUGCUCAUCAGCGACUCUGGCUCCGACAUGGCUUUCAAGGACAUAGAGAUAGGAGAAGGCUUCAUCCCAGUGUGUACCCUGGGCCUGUCUCAGGUGGGCAGGAUCAACCUGGGUCAGAACGUCAGCAGUCUGCGCUACUUCGCCAUCUGUGGUCUCCAAGAGGGCUUCGAACCAUUUGCCAUCAACAUGAAGAGAGACAUUACCAUGUGGUUCAGCAAGAGCCUGCCACAGUUCGCCCCUGUGCCAACUAACCACCAACACAUUGAGGUGUCCCGUGUGGACGGGACGGUGGACAGCGCUCCCUGCCUGAAGCUAACCCACAAGACGUUUGGCUCCCAGAAUGCGAACACUGACAUGCUGUUCCUCCGCCUGAGCAUGCCCGUGGAGUUUGACGAGGUCUUCAAGAUCACAGCCGGGACUACGCCCCUGACCCGCACAAUGACCAUCCACGAGGACGAGGUUCUGGAGGUGGAGCCGGACUCGGAGUUUGAGGUUCUGAAGAAGUCGGCCAGUAAGAAGGAGCAGGAAGAGAAGGAAAAGGAACCGUCUGUCGCCAAGGAGACGCCCGAGAUAGAGAAGGACGCGAUGUCAGAGAAGGGCAAGAAGAGAGGGUUGUUUGCCAGGGCUAAGAAGGCAGCUACAAUCAACCCUCCCCCAACCCCUCCCUUGGUGCCACGGUUACAGCAGGACGUGGUCCCAGAUGACAGAGAUGAUGUGGAGAUUAUCCAGAACACCACCACGUACUACUACUCAGUGAGAAUCUUUGCUGGCCAGGAGCCCACUGGGGUGUGGAUCGGCUGGGUAACCCCCGACUACCACAUGUACGACCCCACCUUCGACCUCUCCAAGGUCCGGAACGUCACCUUGACCGUGGGAGACGACAAGGGCAACAUCCACGACAGUAUGAAGCAUAGUAACUGCUACAUGGUGUGGGGAGGAGACUUCGGCAACAGCUCCCAGCAGGCCAGGUUCAGCCAGGAGGACACUGUGGUUGGCUGCCUGGUCGACCUGGCAACAGGCCUCAUGACAUUCACAGCCAAUGGGAAGGAGAUAAACACCUUCUACCAGGUGGAGCCCAACACAAAGCUGUUUCCUGCUGUGUUCGUCCAGCCCUCCAGUCAGAACAUGGUACAGCUGGAGCUGGGGAAACUCAAGAACAUCAUGCCCAUCUCGGCAGCCAUGUUCCGUAGUGAGCGUAAGAACCCAGUGCCCCAGUGCCCACCCCGGCUGGACAUCCAGAUGUUGACCCCCGUCAUCUGGUCGCGCAUGCCCAACCACUUCCUGGACCCAGAGGUCGGCAGGGUCAGCGAGAGGCUGGGCUGGAUGGUGGAGUGUACCGAACCACUCACCAUGAUGGCCCUGCAUAUACCUGAGGAGAACAGGUGUAUUGACAUCCUGGAGUUGUCUGAGCGUCUGGAUCUACUGAAGUUUCACUUCCACACUCUGAUGCUGUACUGUGCUGUCUGCGCUCUGGGCAACAACCGUGUAGCACACGCCCUCUGCUCACACGUUGACGAAUCACAGCUCUUCUAUGCCAUGGAGAACACCUACCUGCCCGGCCCCCUUCGCAGCGGGUUCUACGACCUGUUGAUCUCCAUCCACCUGGAGUCAGCCAAGCGGGCACGGUUGGGCACCAACCGGGAGUUCAUUGUGCCCAUGUCCGCCGAGACGCUGAGCAUCACACUGUACCCUGAUGCUGAGAAGGCCUCUGACCUACCGGGUGUGGGGUUAACUACCUGUCUUAGACCCAAGCUGCACUUCUCAGCCAUCAACUUUGUUGGGACGGAUCCCGACCUGUACACUCUCAGCCCUGUCUUCCCUCUUCAGGAACUGAAGACCAAAGCCAUCAGCAUGUUGACAGAGGCGGUCCUAGAUGGUAGCCAGGCUAUGAGAGACCCAGUAGGAGGCAGCGUAGAGUUCCACUUCGUCCCCAUCCUGAAGCUCAUCAGCACUCUCCUCAUCAUGGGCAUCUUCAACGAUGAAGACGUUAAACACAUCCUCAAGAUGAUUGACCCAAAUGUGUUCGCUGGGAAGAAAGAGGAGGUGGAGGAGGGAGACAAGGCAGAGGAUGCUACCGCCAAGGAAGAGGGUGAAGAAGUGAAGGAGAAAGAAGAGGAGGAGGAGGAAGAGGAGGCAGAUGAUGAAGGAGUAGGGGAGGAGGAAGAAGAGGAUGAGGAACUGAAACACCUAAAGAAAGAAGAGGGGGAGGAGGAGGAGGAGGAGGAGGGGGAGAAGGAACACGAGGAGGAAGAGAAGGAGAAAGAGGAAGAGGGGGAGAAAAAAGAGAUGACAGAAGAGGAGGAGGCAGCAGCGAUAGAGUUGGAGCUAGAGAAGGAAGAGGCGGCUUUGGAGGAGGGACUACUGCAGAUGAAACUGCCAGAGUCUGUCAAACUGCAGAUGUGUACGCUGCUGCAGUACUUCUGUGACUGUGAACUGAGGCACAGGGUGGAGGCUAUCGUGGCGUACUCAGAUCAGUUUGUCAACGCCAUUCAGACCAAUCAGAGGGUUCGCUAUAACCUGCUAAUGCAGGCCUUCACCAUGAGCGCUGCCGAGACCGCACGCAAGACACGAGAGUUCCGCUCCCCACCUCAGGAUCAGGUGAUCCUGCUGACCAACUUUAAGCAUGGUCCGGAGGAGGAGGAGUGUCCAGUACCGGAGGAGACCAGAGACACACUGACCGACUUCCACACUGACAUCCUUAUACAUUGUGGCGUGCACAUCGAGGCGGAAGAGGAGGAGGAGGAGGUGGACACCUCUCUGAGAGGGCGCCUUGGCCGGCUGAUGGGAAAGGUGAAUAACUUGAGGAAGAAAAAGGAGGUGGUGGAGGAGCCAGAAGAGGAGGAGGAGGUCAAACCCAGCACUCUCCAGGAGCUGAUCUCCCAUACCAUGAUCCACUGGGCCCAAGAGGCCUUCAUUCAGAACCCUGAGCUGGUGCGUCUAAUGUUCAGCCUGCUCCAUAGGCAGUAUGAUGGGCUGGGAGAGCUGACCAGAGCCUUGCCUAAAGCCUACGCCAUCAACGCUGUAUCUGUCCAGGAUACGAUGGACUUGUUGGAGUGCUUGGGCCAGAUCAGAUCUCUGCUCAUCGUGCAGAUGGGCCCUGAGGAGGAGAGGCUCAUGAUCCAGAGCAUCGGGAACAUUAUGAACAACAAGGUGUUCUACCAGCACCCUAACCUGAUGAGGGCUCUGGGGAUGCAUGAGACUGUCAUGGAGGUGAUGGUUAAUGUGCUGGGAGGAGGAGGAGAUUCCAAGGAGAUCCGGUUCCCCCAGAUGGUGACCAACUGCUGUCGGUUCCUGUGCUACUUCUGUCGUAUCAGCCGUCAGAACCAGAGGUCCAUGUUUGAUCACCUCAGCUACCUGCUGCAGAACAGCGGCAUCGGCCUAGGUAUGCGUGGCUCCACCCCUCUGGAUGUGGCUGCAGCGUCCUGUAUCGACAACAACGAGCUGGCCUUAGCUCUACAGGAGCAGGACCUGGAGAAGGUGGUGACGUAUCUGGCGGGCUGUGGACUACAGAGCUGUCCAAUGCUCCUGUCUAAGGGUUACCCUGACAUCGGCUGGAAUCCCUGUGGAGGAGAGAAAUACCUGGACUUCCUCCGCUUUGCCGUCUUUGUCAACGGAGAGAGUGUGGAGGAGAAUGCCAACGUGGUGGUGCGUCUACUGAUUCGUCGGCCGGAGUGUUUUGGCCCCGCCCUGAGAGGAGAGGGGGGUGCUGGUCUGCUGGCGGCAAUAGAGGAGGCCAUCAAGAUCUCAGAGGACCCAGCCAGGGACGGACCUACUGUCAAGAAGGACAGGCGGUUCCCCAUGUUUGGUGGUGAGGAGCAGCAGGAGGAGAACCGCGUCCAUCUUGGAAACGCCAUCAUGUCCUUCUACUCUGCCCUCAUCGACCUGCUGGGACGCUGUGCACCUGAGAUGCACUUGAUCCAGGCGGGUAAAGGUGAGGCUCUGAGGAUUCGGGCCAUCCUGAGAUCUCUGGUUCCUAUAGAAGACCUGGUGGGAGUCAUCAGUCUGUCUGUACAGAUACCUGACUACGGGAAAGGAACGGACGCCGGUGCGGUGGUGAAUUGUCUGCACAUCCUGUCACGAUCGCUGGACGCCAGGACGGUAAUGAAGUCAGGUCCUGAGAUUGUGAAGGCAGGACUGCGUCAGUUCUUUGAGAGCGCUGCAGAUGACAUAGAGAAGAUGGUGGAGAACCUGAAGCUGGGCAAGGUUUCUAGCAGGAACCAGGUGAAGGGUGUGUCCCAGAACAUCAACUACACCACCAUCGCCCUGCUCCCUGUCCUGACCACCCUGUUCGACCACAUCGCCCAGCACCAGUUUGGGGACGACGUCAUCUUGGACGACCUUCAGAUCUCCUGUUACAGGAUCAUGUGUUCUAUCUACUCGCUGGGCACCGUCAAGACGCCUCACGCUGAGAAGCAGAGGCCGGCUCUGGGGGAGUGUUUGGCAAAUCUUGCCGCUGCCAUGCCUGUAGCCUACCUGGAGCCCGGCCUCAACGAGUACAAUGCCUACUCUGUCUACACCACGAAGACACCCAGAGAGAGAGGCAUCCUGGGCCUGCCCAACCAAGUAGAGGAGCUGUGUACUGACAUCCCAGAGCUAGAUGUCCUGAUGAAGGAGAUCGGGGACCUGGCAGAGUCAGGGGCUCGCUACACUGAGAUGCCCCACGUUAUCGAGAUCACCCUGCCCAUGCUGUGUAACUACCUUCCCCGCUGGUGGGAAAGAGGUCUGGAGAACUACCCCGACCUGGAGGGUCAGCUCUGUACUGACGUCACUUCAGAACAACUCAACCAGUUGCUGGGCAGCAUCAUGAAGAUAGUAGUCAACAAUCUGGGGAUAGACGAAGCCUCCUGGAUGAAACGCCUGGCAGUGUUUGCCCAGCCCAUCGUUAGCAGAGCCAAGCCUGAGAUGUUGAAGUCUCAUUUCAUCCCGACCAUGGAGAAACUGAAGAAACGUAGUGGGAAGGUGGUGGCUGAGGAGGAGCAGCUGAGACUGGAGGGGAAGUCUGAGGUGGACAGUGAAGAAGGAACCAUCAGGGAUGAGUUUGCUGUUCUCUGCAGAGACCUUUACGCUCUGUAUCCUCUACUGAUCAGAUAUGUGGAUAACAACAGGGCUCGAUGGUUGACCUGUCCAGACCCAGAUGCUGAGGAACUCUUCAGGAUGGUUGGAGAGGUGUUUAUCUUCUGGUCCAAGUCUCAUAACUUCAAGCGUGAGGAGCAGAACUUUGUGGUGAUGAAUGAGAUCAACAACAUGUCUUUCCUGACCGCUGACAGCAAGAGUAAGAUGAGCAAGGCCGGCGGGGAAGAGGCUGGAGGUUCUGACGUGGAGCGUACCAAGAAGAAGCGAAGGGGGGACCGCUAUUCUGUGCAGACAUCUCUGAUCGUAGCAGCGCUGAAGAAGAUGCUUCCUAUUGGCCUCAACAUGUGUUCCCCUGCUGACCAGGAACUGAUUAACUUGGCCAAGAUACGCUACAGCCUGAAAGACACAGAUGAGGAGGUGAGAGAGUUUCUGCAGAACAACAUGCAUCUGCAGGGCAAGGUGGAGGACCCGUCAAUGCGCUGGCAGAUGGCGCUGUAUAAGGAGACGUCAGGGAAGGCUGAGGACGCUGAGGACCCUCAGAAGGUGGUCAAGAGAGUCCAAGAGGUCUCCGCUGUCCUCUACCACAUAGAGGUGACGGAGCACCCGUACAAGUCUAAGAAGAUGGUUUGGCACAAGCUGCUUUCUAAACAACGCCGUAAAGCUGUUGUGGCCUGCUUCAGAAUGUCCCCCCUCUACAACAUCCCCAGGCACCGGGGGUCCAACAUGUUCCUGAAUGGGUACAAGAGGAACUGGCUGCAGACUGAAGGGUACCAGUUUGAAGACCGCAUGAUCGACGACUUGUCUAAAGCCAUGGAGGAAGAGGAGCUGGGAGAGGAGGGAGAGGAAGAGGCCGAAACUAAACCCGACCCUCUGCAUCAGCUCAUCCUGCACUUCAGCCGGACUGCUCUCACAGAGAAGAGCAAACUGGAAGUAGACUACUUAUACAUGGCGUAUGCUGAUAUUAUGGCCAAGAGUUGCCACAUCGGUGAGGAGGAGGAGGGGGAAGAGGAGGAGGCCAUUGAAGUGACCCAGACUGAGAUGGAGAAGGAGAUGGAGAAGCAGAGGCUCCUGUAUCAGCAGUCUCGUCUCCACAACAGAGGAGCUGCAGAGAUGGUGCUGCAGAUGAUCAGUGCCUGCAGAGGUGAGACGGGUGCCAUGGUGUCCUCCACCCUCAAGCUGGGCAUCUCAAUCCUCAACACAGGCAACUGUGCCGUACAACAGAGGAUGCUGGACUACCUGAAGGACAAAAAGGAUGUGGGCUUCUUCCUGAGUAUUCAGGCUCUGAUGCAGACCUGCAGCGUUCUAGACCUGAAUGCCUUUGAGCGACAGAACAAGGCUGAGGGGCUUGGUAUGGUGUCAGAGGAGGGAUCAAAUAUGAAGCUAGAACGUGAUGAGAAGGUGAUGGCGGAUGAUGAGUUUACCUGUGACCUGUUCCGCUUCCUGCAGCUGCUCUGUGAGGGACACAACAACGAUUUCCAGAACUAUCUGCGUACCCAGACUGGCAGCACCACCACCAUCAACAUCAUUAUCUGCACUGUGGACUACCUGCUCCGCCUGCAGGAGUCUAUCAGUGAUUUCUACUGGUACUACUCUGGGAAGGACAUCAUAGACGAGCCAGGAAAGAGGAACUUCUCCAAGGCCAUGACAGUGGCUAAACAGGUGUUCAACAGUCUGACUGAGUAUAUCCAGGGUCCAUGUACGGGGAACCAGCAGUCUUUGGCCCACAGCAGGUUGUGGGACGCUGUGGUUGGCUUCCUGCACGUCUUUGCUCACAUGAUGAUGAAGCUGGCUCAGAUGCAAGCUGACCCCGGACUUCGACUUGGCGAUCGAUUCUGGAGUAGAACCCACUACGAGGACUCCAGUCAGAUUGGUCUGCUGAAGGAACUCCUGGACCUGCAGAAAGACAUGGUGGUGAUGCUGUUGUCUCUACUGGAAGGCAACGUGGUGAACGGCACCAUCGCCCGUCAGAUGGUGGACAUGCUAGUGGAGUCCUCCAGCAACGUGGAGAUGAUCCUCAAGUUCUUCGACAUGUUCCUCAAGCUGAAGGACAUCACCGGGUCUGACGCCUUCCGAGACUACGUGACCGAUCCCCGUGGCCUCAUCUCCAAGAAGGACUUCUACAAGGCCAUGGACAGCCAGAAGCAGUACUCUCCGUCUGAGAUCCAGUUCCUUCUGUCUUGUUCCGAGGCCGACGAGAACGAGAUGAUCAACUUUGAGGAGUUUGCCGACCGUUUCCAGGAGCCGGCCAAGGAUAUCGGCUUCAAUAUCGCCGUACUGCUCACCAACCUGUCUGAGCACGUACCCCACGAUACGCGACUACAGAACUUUCUUGAGCAAGCCGAGAGCGUCCUCAACUACUUUAGACCCUUCCUUGGCCGGAUAGAGAUCAUGGGAGCCAGCAGGAAGAUCGAGAGGAUCUAUUUUGAGAUCAGCGAGGCCAACAGGAACCAGUGGGAGAUGCCGCAGGUCAGAGAGUCCAAGAGACAGUUCAUCUUCGACGUGGUCAACGAGGGCGGGGAGAGCGAGAAGAUGGAGUUGUUUGUCAACUUCUGCGAGGACACCAUCUUUGAGAUGAACAUCGCCUCACAGAUUUCUGAGGAGGAGGAAGAGGAGGUGGUAGACUCAGAGGAUGAAGAGGAAGAAGGAGGAGGAGGAGGAGAGUUGGACGAAAAUGGAGAAGAGAUGCCUCCCGAGUCCAGCUCGGCGUUCUCUGACUUCCUGACAAGCGUGGUGAACUUCUUCAACAUGUUCACCUUCAAGAAUCUGCGGCGGCGCUACCGCAAGCUUAGAAAGAUGACUCUGAAGGAUAUGGUGGUGGGCUUGGCCACGUUCAUCUACACCAUCCUGUUUGGUAUCCUGUCUUUCAUCUACAGUGUGUGUAAGGGCUUCUUCAUGCUGAUCUGGAGCACCCUGUUUGGAGGGGAACUGGUAGAGGGUGCCAAGAAGAUCACGGUGACUGAGCUCUUGGCCAGCAUGCCGGACCCAACGCAAGAUGAGGUGCAUGACGAACUGCCACCUGAGCCAGGUGCCGAUGAGGGUCAGGAAGGGAUAGACGGAGGAGAGGAAAGAGACGUGGGAGGAGGAGAGGAAGGAGAGGAGGGAGGGGAUGGUGAGGAGAAGGAGGGAGGACGGAUGCCUGGGUUCGACACCCCUGGGGGGCUGGGAGACUUUGGGGAGACCACAACUGUAGAGCCUCCCACUCCAGAGGGAACCCCACUGCUCAAGAGGAAACUGCUGGAAGCAACGUCCGGAGGAGAGGGUGAAGAAAGAGAAGAGACAGAACCAGAGGAAGAGACACCCCCAGAGGAGGAGAAGGCUGACAAUGAGAAUGGAGAGAAGGCAGAGAAGGAGGCUGAGCCCGUUUUAAAAGAGGAAGAACCGGAAGUGAAGGAGGAAACAUUGAAGACCAAGGCAAAGAAGGAGAAGAAACCUGCGGAGGAGGGCUAUGAGCUUUGGAAUGAGCUAGAGAUCCAGAGGAUCAAAUUCAUGAACUAUCUGUCUCGUAACUUCUAUAACCUGCGCUUCCUGGCUCUCUUCAUCGCCUUCGCCCUCAACUUCAUCCUGCUCUUCUACAAGGUUGGAUAUGAUGUAGUGGAGGGGUCAGAAGACAUUGAGGGGUCCGCCCUGUUUGAGGGCUCCGCCGCGUUCGAGGGUUCUGGGUUGUUCGAGGGUUCCGGAGCUGUGGACGAGGGUGGUUCUGGGAUUGAUCCAUUUGACGAUGGUGGUGACGAUGACGGUGGUGAUGACGACGAUGAGGAGGAAGGACCAUUUUUUUUCUACUUGGAGGAGAGUACAGGUUACAUGCAGCCCUGUUUGUCCAUGCUGGCCAUCACACACACUGUCAUCGCUUUCCUCUGUAUCAUCGGAUACAACUGCCUCAAGGUUCCUCUGGUCAUCUUUAAGAGGGAGAAGGAGCUGGCUAGGAAGCUGGAGUUUGAUGGUCUCUAUGUCACCGAGCAACCAGAAGACGAUGACAUCAAGGGCCAGUGGGACCGACUGGUGCUCAACACCCCGUCAUUCCCUAACAACUACUGGGACAAGUUUGUGAAGACAAAGGUGCUUGCUAAGUACGGGGACAUAUACGGUAGGGAGAGGAUCGCAGAGCUGCUUGGGAUGGACCUGGCCUCUCUGGACGUCAGCGCCAUGACACAAGAGAAGAAACACGAACCAGAAAGUGGCAUGUUAAGCUGGAUUAUCUCCAUUGACAUCAAAUACCAGAUUUGGAAGUUCGGGGUGGUCUUCACUGACAACACGUUCCUCUAUCUAGUCUGGUACAUGGUCAUGUCUCUGCUGGGACACUUCAACAACUUCUUCUACGCCUGUCACUUGAUGGACAUCGCCGUUGGUGUGAAGGAUUUACGCACCAUCCUCUCCUCCGUCACACACAACGGCAAACAGCUGAUGAUGACUGUGGGUCUACUAGCUGUGGUGGUGUAUCUCUACACCGUCGUGGCUUUCAACUUCUUUAGGAAGUUCUACAACAUGAGCGAGGACGAGGAUGAACCGGACAUGAAGUGUGAUGACAUGAUGACCUGUUACCUGUUCCACAUGUACGUGGGUGUGCGUGCCGGCGGGGGUAUAGGAGACGAGAUCGAGGACCCGGCGGGCGAUGAGUACGAGCUCUACCGUGUCGUCUUUGAUAUCACCUUCUUCUUCUUCGUAAUCGUCAUCCUGCUGGCUAUCAUCCAGGGUCUGAUCAUUGAUGCGUUUGGCGAGCUGAGAGACCAACAGGAGCAGGUCAGAGAGAACAUGGAGACUCAGUGCUUCAUCUGUGGUAUCGGAAGCGACUACUUUGAUACAACUCCUCAUGGCUUCGAAACGCACACCUUGGAAGAGCAUAACUUAGCCAACUACAUGUUCUUCCUGAUGUACCUAAUCAAUAAAGAUGAAACGGAACACACAGGACAGGAGUCUUAUGUGUGGAAGAUGUAUCAAGAGAGAUGCUGGGACUUCUUCCCUGCUGGAGACUGUUUCAGGAAGACGUAUGAGGAUCAGCUGGCCUAGUCGGAUAAAUCCUGUCUGUCUGGGAGAGAGUGAGAGAGAGGGGGGGGGGGGGGGGGGGGAGAGAAGGAGAAAGUUAAGGAAAUAUAGAAGGUAUUAGGGAAUAGAUGUGUGUUUGAAGGUUGCUCCUGUGUCAUAUUUCUCUGUGAUCUCUUGUCUUGACACGCAUGCAGCAAUAUUCUGAUAGACUGAAUAAGAUGAUAUGACCAGAGGAGAUGAAGAGUCCCAAGGGCUUUUAACCCUGUAAAUACACUUCAUGGCCUUUUUCUGUGUGGAAUAUAGAUAUGCUGUCUAGACUGAAUUUAAACACACACACACAUACACACACACAGCGCUGCCUCUCUGUCAGUGUGUGUUUCUGUAGAGCUGAAUACAGCAUAGUGCCUAACUCUCAUGGUAAACAAACGUGCUAUAAUGUCUUAAGUAAUGCUCUUUUCCUUAAUAUUAUUAUAAUCGCUCUUGUUUGAGAUUGUAUUAAUAUAAAUGUCAUUAAUGUCCUCAUGUAAGAAUGCCUUGAUUUUUUUUGUAUGCCUUUAAUUAGCUAUUUCUGUAAUUGUUGGUGUAUUUUCCCCACUGCUUGAUAAUGAUCAGUGGGGGGGGAAGAGCAUUUCAUAGCAGUGCCGCUUCUGUCCACUAGGGAGCAGUCACACACCCCCAGGUCUCUUCUCUCUCCUCUCUUGUUUUUCUCUAGAGAUUUUAUAACUGAUGUUGAUCUCUGGUCAUUAGCAGUCACUCUGGAGUGAACAGCGAGGUACAUGCUGUAAGGUUAGAGGCAGGUUGUCUGAUCCUACAGGACAAUAUGAUGACUUUAGACAAUCCUGUCUGUGACCUGUGUGAUCUGAUGUAGAGAUCCUAUUGGCUGACACGGACGGCACAGUGUUUCUAUUCGCUUCCACAGACCACAACGUGUUCCUAUUGGCUACCACAGACCACACAGUGUUCCUAUUGGCUAUCACAGACCACACAGUGUUCCUAUUGGCUACCACAGACCACACAGUGUUCCUAUUGGCUACCACAGACCACACAGGGACAAAUAAAACACUAUGAUAAUGUCUACAUAUAGAGGGGAUGUCUGGGUUACUUACCUUAUACUCAUGCACUCCUCCAACUCCUAAAGACAUCUCUCCUAAAGACAUCUCUCCUAAAGACAUCUCUCCUAAAGACAUCUCUCCUAAAGACAUCUCUCCUAAAGACAUCUCUCCUAGACAACUCUUCUAAAGACAUCUCUCCUAAAGACAUCUCUCCUAAAGACAUCUCUCCUAGAUACAUCUCUCCUAGAGACAUCUCUCCUAGAGACAACUCUCCUAAAGACAUCUCUCCUAGAGACAUCUCUCCUAAAGACAUCUCUCCUAAAGACAUCUCUCCUAUAGACCUCUCCUAAAGACAACUCUCCUAAAGACAUCUCUCCUAGAGACAACUCUCCUAAAGACAUCUCUCCUAAAGACCUCUCCUAAAGACAUCUCUCCUAGAGACAACUCUCCUAGAGACAACUCUCCAAGAGACAUCUCUCCUAAAUACAUCUCUCCUAGAGACAUCUCUCCUAAAGACAUCUCUCCUAAAGACAUCUCUCCUAAAGACAUCUCUCCUAAAGACAUCUCUCCUAGAGACAUCUCUCCUAAAGACAUCUCUCCUAAAGACAACUCUCCUAAAGGCAUCUCUCCUAGAGACAUCUCUCCUAAAGACAUCUAUCCAAAAUACAUCUCUCCUAAAGACAUCUCUCCUAAAGACAUCUCUCCUAAAGACAUCUCUCCUAAAGACAUCUCUCCUAGAGACAUCUCUCCUAAAGACAUCUCUCCUAAAGACAACUCUCCUAGAGACAUCUCUCCUAGAGACAACUAUCCUAAAGACAUCUCUCCUAAAGACAUCUCUCCUAAAGACAUCUCUCCUAAAGACAUCUCUCCAAAAGACAUCUCUCCUGAAGACAUCUCUCCUAGAGACAUCUCUCUUAAAGACAUCUCUCCUAAAGACAACUCUCCUAAAGACAACUCUCCUAAAGACAUCUCUCCUAAAGACAUCUCUCCUAGAGACAUCUCUCCUAAAGACAUCUCUCCUAAAGACAUCUCUCCUAGAGACAUCUCUCCUAGAGACAUCUCUCCUAGAGACAUCUCUCCUAAAGACAUCUCUCCUAAAGACAUCGCUCCUAGAGACAACUAUCCUAGAGACGUCUCUCCUAAAGACAUCUCUCCUAAAGACAUCUCUCCUAGAGACAUCUCUCCUAGAGACAUCUCUCCUAGAGACAUCUCUCCUAAAGACAUCUCUCCUAAAGACAUCGCUCCUAGAGACAACUAUCCUAGAGACGUCUCUCCUAAAGACAUCUCUCCUAGAGACAUCUCUCCUAAAGACAUCUCUCCUAGAGACAUCUCUCCUAGAGACCUCUCCUAAAGACAUCUCUCCUAAAGACAUCUCUCCUAAAGACCUCUCCUAAAGACAUCUCUCCUAGAGACAUCUCUCCUAAAGACAUCGCUCCUAGAGACAACUAUCCUAGAGACGUCUCUCCUAAAGACAUCUCUCCUAAAGACAUCUCUCCUAAAGACAUCUCUCCUAGAGACAUCUCUCCUAAAGACAUCGCUCCUAGAGACAUCUCUCCUAGAGACAACUAUCCUAAAGACAUCUCUCCUAAAGACAUCUCUCCUAAAGACAUCUCUCCUAGAGACAUCUCUCCUAAAGACAUCUCUCCUAAAGACAUCUCUCCAAAAGACAUCUCUCCUAGAGACAACUCUCCUAAAGACACGUCUUAUAGCCCCGUCGUAUUGACAGUGGGCUGACAUGUGUUCUGUACCAUCUUAAUGCACAGGUAAUAGGGCUAAUACAGUGAUAAGUCAUUAUUGUAUUUAUUCAUGUCUACUCUACAUGUUGGCCGUAGUGUAAUAAGGACAGCGCUACUCAGAAGGGCCGGACUAACAAAUUACAUAUUAACAUCAAAUAAAUAACAUAAAUGUAUGUUUUAUUUAA